AUGAGUGAAUCAAAUAAUUAUCAAUCAUCUGAUCUAUCAAAACAACAGGAGGUAAAGAUGGCCAUGACAGCAUGGAAUGAAAAAGGUGCAGCUAGAACUGUUGCAUAUGCAUUCGGUUUGGGUAUUUUGUUUGGUGUAGGAUUGGUUCUUUCUCUUUCAACAGUCAACCAUGUCAGUUAUGGAAUAUAUAUGAUGGGAUUGGCUGCUUUUCACAUGUGGGAAUACAUUUGGGUAUCAAUGUAUGAUCCAACUAAACUUUCAUCCAAUUCAUUUUUAUUAAAUCAUAGUACAUCUUUUAAUCUUGCAUUGUUGGCAGGAUUCAUAGAGUAUUGGAUCGAGUACCUUUUAUUCCCAUCGAUGAAGCUGAUGGGAUGGAUUUCGACGCUCGGUUUCAUUGCGAUGGUGUUUGGACAGGUCGUUAGAACCACAGCAAUGAUAACAGCCGGUAGAAACUUUUCACAUAUCGUUCAACAAACCAAGAAGAGUUCACAUGUACUUGUUACCAAUGGAGUGUAUUCGUUAGUUCGUCAUCCCUCUUAUUUCGGAUGGUUCAUCUGGAGUAUCUCAACUCAAUUGGUUUUAUUCAACCCUAUUUGCACGGCUGCCUAUGCCUAUGCCUCAUGGAAGUUCUUCGAGGAUCGCAUAGAAGAUGAAGAGGAAGCAUUAAUCGAUUUCUUUGGUAACGACUAUGUAGAAUAUAAGAAAAAAGUAUGGUCUGGAAUACCUUUAAUAAAAUAG